GCCAAAGCUGGGGAGGCGAAGGCGACGGCGUCGGAACUCGCUUGAGGAUCGGCCCCCAGGAGGCUCAACAGUUCGCAAAGUGUGGGCUCGCGGCCCCAAGGCUACGUCUGUGCCCGGAAGGUGCAGGAGCGCAGGGGUCCCCGGGCUGCUGCAUCCCGGGACUGCCCUGGACAUGCCCCGCACCCCCUGCUGGACGCCCGCGGUGCUCCACCGGCUGCGGUUUGGGGGGCUCUGUGACUAGAGCGCCCCCAUCCCAACUUAUGAUUUUGGGGUCCCCCAGCCCUAGAGGAACGGGCGGCUUGGCUGGGGGAGCCCCGGGCGCGGUGUGACGGGGCGGUCAGCUGUGCUGCGCCCCCCACUCCAGCCACCCGUCGUCUCUAUGCCCUGAAGAAUGUAACUGCUUUCUCUGCGACCUCCCGGCUCCAGCCACCAACUCCUUGUCAUCCAGGAUCCCAUCGCCGUCUCCGCCCUGCCCGGACUCAAGCCGCCGUCUCUGCGCCUCGCGGACUCCAGUUUCACGACCCCCUCCAUCUUCGCGCGCCCGAGAGUCUAGCAGCGAUCUCUGCGAUACCCCAGGACUCAGACACUGUUUCCGCACCCCCAAACCCGAACUCCAGAGGCCGUCUUCUUGCCCCCCGCCCCGCCCCCAAACCUAGACUCCAGCCACGAUCUCCGCGCUCCGCGGAUCCAGCUGUCGCGCCGGUGCCCGCUGGUGCUGCAGCUGCCCCACCGAGCGCCCCAAGUCCGCCCGACCCUCGGCGGGGAGAUGAACGCGCAGCUGGACGGCCUGUCGGUGAGCUCGUCCUCCACCGGCUCUCUGGGUUCGGCGGCCGGGGCGGGCGGCGGAGGGAACACGGGGCUGCGACUACUGUCUGCAAACGUGCGCCAGCUGCACCAGGCGCUGACCGCGCUGCUGAGCGAGCCGGAGCGGGAGCAGUUCACUCAUUGCCUGAACGCGUACCACGCGCGCCGCAACGUCUUCGACCUGGUGAGCACCCUGCGCGUGCUGCUGGACAGCCCGGUCAAGCGGCGCCUGCUGCCCAUGCUGCGUCUGGUCAUCCCGCGCUCGGACCAGCUGCUCUUCGACCAGUACACCGCCGAGGGCCUCUACCUGCCCGCCACCGCCCCCUACAGGCAGCCCUCCUGGGGCGGCCCCGACAGCGCGGGGCCCGGGGAGGUGCGCCUGGUUAGCCUGAGGCGUGCCAAGGCACACGAGGGCUUGGGCUUCAGCAUCCGCGGGGGCUCGGAGCAUGGCGUGGGCAUCUAUGUAUCCCUGGUGGAGCCAGGCUCUCUGGCUGAGAAGGAAGGGCUGCGAGUCGGGGACCAGAUUCUGCGUGUCAACGACAAAUCCCUGUCCCGGGUGACCCACGCUGAGGCCGUCAAGGCUCUCAAGGGCUCAAAGAAGCUGGUGCUCUCCGUGUACUCGGCAGGGCGCGUCCCCGGGGGCUACGUCACCAACCACAUCUACACCUGGGUGGACCCGCAGGGCCGCAGCAUCUCCCCGCCCUCGGGCCUGCCCCAGCUCCAUGGCAGCGCCCUGAGGCAGCGAGAGGGUGACCGGAGGAGCACCCUGCACCUGCUGCAAGGUGGAGAUGAGAAGAAGGUGAACCUGGUGCUGGGGGACGGCCGGUCCCUGGGCCUCACGAUCCGCGGGGGAGCAGAGUACGGCCUUGGCAUUUACAUCACUGGCGUGGACCCGGGCUCUGAGGCAGAAAGCAGUGGGCUCAAGGUUGGGGACCAGAUUCUGGAGGUGAACGGGCGGAGCUUUCUCAACAUCCUGCACGAUGAGGCGGUCAAGCUGCUCAAGUCAUCCCAGCACCUCAUCCUGACCGUGAAGGACAUCGGGAGGCUGCCCCAUGCCCGCACCACCGUGGACGAGACCAAGUGGAUUGCCAGUUCCCGGAUUGGGGACCCCGCCAUGAACUCAGCAGGGUUUCCUGGGGAUCUCGCCGUGGACGGGACAGGCAAGCUGGGGUUUUACAAGGGGCCGGCCGGCUCCCAGGUGACUCUGAGCAGCCUGGGGAACCAGACCCGUGUGCUGCUGGAGGAGCAGGCGCGGCACAUGCUGAAUGAGCAGGAGCGCGCCACCAUGGCCUACUACCUGGAGGAGUACCGCGGCGGCAGUGUCUCCGUGGACGCCCUCGUCAUGGCCCUGUUCGAACUUCUCAACACCCAUGCCAAGUUCUCACUGCUCUCUGAGGUGAGAGGCACCAUUGCCCCCCAAGACCUGGGCCGCUUUGAUCACCUGGUGCUGAAGCGGGAGAUCGAGUCGAUGAAGGCACGGCAGCCUCCUGGCCCUGGGACCGGUGACACGUAUUCCAUGGUCUCCUACAGUGACACGGGCUCAUCCACAGGCAGCCACGGCACCUCCACCACCGUCAGCUCGGCCAGGAACACUCUGGACGUGGAGGAGACCGGUGAGGCUGUGCAGGGCAAUAUGAACAGUCUCCCGGACGUUUCCCUGGAUGAUGUCAAAUCCACAGCUGAGGGGCUGCCUAGCUACAAGCUGCCUCCUCCCCCACCACCUCUGGCCCAGCCGAGGAAGCCGGGAAGCCAGGACCCAAAGCCGCUUUCCUCCGCGUCUUCCCACUCGGGCAUCAUCUUCUCAGCUCCGAGGAACCGCAGCCCGCCGGCAGGCACCACACCAGCCCCAGAGGCCCCCUUGGCACAGGAUGCCCCCUCCUCCCCCAUCUACGCCUCCGUCUCCCCUGCCAAGCCCGGCGCCAAGAGGCCGCUGGAUGCCCAUCUGGCCCUGGUCAACCAGCACCCCAUCGGCCCCUUCCCACGGGUCCAGUCACCUCCCCACCUGAAAAGCCCCCCCGCAGAGGCCACGCUGGCUGGGGGCUGCCUCCCACCACCCUCCCCCUCGGGCCGCCCGGAGCAGACAGGCACAAACCAGCACUUUGUUCUGGUGGAGGUACACCGGCCGGACAGUGAGCCAGACGUGAACGAAGUGAGGGCGCUGCCCCAGACACGCACAGCUUCCACACUCUCACAGCUCUCGGACAGUGGGCAGACCCUGAGUGAGGACAGUGGUGUGGAUGCUGGCGAGGUAGAGGCCAAUGCCCCCGGCCGAGGCAGACAGAUGGCAUCCACCAAGAGCAGGAGUAGCAAGGAGCCACCUCGGAAUGAUAGGAACACAGAGGGGGCCACCAAACCGCCCGGACUCCUAGAGCCCACAUCCACCCUCGUCCGAGUGAAGAAAAGUGCAGCCACCCUGGGCAUCGCCAUCGAGGGCGGCGCCAACACCCGUCAGCCUCUGCCUAGGAUUGUCACAAUUCAGCGAGGUGGUUCCGCCCACAAUUGUGGGCAGCUCAAGGUGGGCCAUGUGAUCCUGGAAGUGAACGGACUGACCCUUCGGGGCAAGGAGCAUCGGGAAGCCGCGCGCAUCAUCGCAGAGGCCUUCAAGACCAAGGAGUGUGACUACAUCGACUUUCUGGUCACCGAGUUCAACGUGAUGCUCUAGGAGCCAAGGCCCAAGGGCCUCCCACCGCUCCCCGGCCCCUGGCCCCGGUCCCUUCUCCCUCCCGGCACUGUUAAGCUCCUUGAUGGGCCAGAGCUGCAUGGCCAGGGUAGCAGGAAGACAACCCCCACUCCCUCCUGGCCCACUGAACCAGAACCGGGAGAAGAGAACGGGGCAGGCAAACAGAAGGUCAGGUCGGGAUCUGGUGCCACGGCCAGUACACAGUGGGCACUCACUACAAGUGUGGGUUUCAGGAAGGGGGGAAAUGAAGAGGAAGGGCAGAGCACCUGUGUCUUGGCACGUCCACCUGUGGUCUGCCAGGGCCUGUGACUCAGCGUUGACUGGAGCCACUGCCCCCCCCACCCGUCCAGCGGUGACCUGGCCUAUGCCCAGAGGCCUUGGCCUUUGUCUAGAGUGAGGUCAGAUGAGAAUUCAUGGACACGGCCCCCAGCCGGGGUGGGGGGCAUCUUGCAGGGCCCUCAGUGCCACAAAUAAGCAUCAAGCACCCACCCUUUACACCCCCAUUCCCCCUAGCUCCUUGUCCCCCCAUGGUAUUUAUUAUUUAUUUCCCUUUCUGCACCCCUGGGGACCCAAGACCCCAGCUUCCCAUUGCACCCCCAGCCUAUCCCAGAGGCCUUGCAGGUGACCAGUGACGUCAGUGUAUUUAUAUACAGAGCUUACAACUUUAAUUUUUCAAUAAAGAGAUAUG